CGCUCCGUCCGUCCUCUCUCGCUCUAAAAUCCUUCUGCUGCUGCAAAUCUCUUUAUGUAAAUCGGCUCUCGUCUUUUAUCCUCAAAAUCUUUUUUCUUUUCCCCCAAAUUUUUACCCGCGAAAAUUAGGUUUUGCGCGAUUACAUUUUCAUUUUCAAAAAUUUUAAAACUCCGAGGAAACUCUCAGAUCUCCCUCUCUUUCUUCUAGGGUUCUCUCUCUCUCUCUCUCUUUCUCUCUCUCUCACGUUGAGGAUGGAAGCGGCGGCUACCGAUGUACCGACGAAUCUCGAGGGAGAGGGAGAGGGAGAAUGUGCAGCUCCACCGUCAAAGAAACCGCGAUUCGACGGGGAAGUAAACAGAGUAGCAGAGAUUGUUCUCGUCUUGUCCGCACUACGGAGGAUCCGAGGAGGCAAACCCCCGACGGAAUUGGAGCUUGAGCUAAUGGUUGAAGCUAAAUCGAAACUGGUAGACAUGUGUCAAGAGUUUCCUCCAAAGGAUAUCAUCGGCAGGGAUGCUAUCGGAGCUGUGAUUGAAGAUCUGGGUUUGAACGGUAAGCUCAAGGAUCAGAGAUUAGGGUUCCGAGCUCCUAAGUUAACCAUCUCCGAGAAGCUCUCUCUUGGCAAGAGAAAGAUGGAAGAUGCGAAGAAGAACACUGUAGUUCCCACUAUCUAUACAUCUCCAGCUCAUUUAACUCCGGCAAGUAGUGUUUCUAUGGGACAUCAGUGGGUUAAUAACGAGAUGAAGGUAUCCGGUAGUGCUGUUAAUGCAAGUGGAACCCAUUUCGUUAAGGAUGCAUCAGGGAUUAGACCACAGUUUAAGCCGGAUGUGCAUGCCAGUGCUUCUUCACACGGACCAGCAGUUCCUGGUGGAAAUUAUUAUGGGAAUGCUGCUGCAUCUUGGUCUGCCCAACCUCAUCCCAGUUCCUCCACCAUAUCAUUUGGAACUCCAUCAGAGAGCAAAGUUCACCUUCCGAGCUCUUCAAGAGUCACAGAUCCGAGCUUCAGACCCUUCGUGUCUCAACCUCAGCCAGGUGCAUUCCCAGGCAUGAAAGGAGUGACUUAUGGUCAGACCUCUUCACCUUUUGGAAACAACCACCAUGCUGAAAUCGCUAAGAUUAUCCACAAGGUACUGCAACCGAGGGCUAAACAAAACCUCUUGUGGAAUCCACCUUCAAGAGAGUAUAUGAGCAAAGCAAUGACAUGCCAGAUGUGCCAAGGAACCAUCAACGAAGUAGAGACGCUGCUGAUUUGUGAUGCCUGUGAAAAGGGAUAUCACUUGAAAUGUCUACAAGCUAACAAUAUCAAAGGUGUUCCUAAAUCUGAAUGGCAUUGCUCAAGAUGUGUGCAGUUGUACAGUGGCAAGUCUUUUCCCCCUAAAUAUGGUCGCGUUAUGAGAAGCGCCACUACAGCAAAAAUGUCUUCUACGACAGCUGAUGUUCAGUCGCCCAAGAUGGUUGGUAAAAUUAAUCUAAAGGUUAAUAAAGAGGCAACGCCACAUUCUGAGACAGCAAAACCAACUGUAGAUUCAGCUACGGAUCGAACAGUUGAAGCUGAAGGUGCAGCAGCUGUAAGUCAAACAGUUGAAGAUGAAGUUGCAGCAGCAAUAAGUCAAACGGUUGAAGCUAAAGAUGCAGCAGCUAUAAGUCAAACGGUUGAAGCUGAAAAUGCAUCUAUGAAUGAAGGAGAUGAAACUAAUGAUGAAUCACAAGGUUCUGUAGGAAAUGAAGCUGAGUGUGAUGAUCCUUCACAACAGGCACCUCACUCAGAGACUCCUAAUCCUCCAAAACAAGAUAACAAAGAAGAUCCAAGCAAAGGUGUUACUGAAGGAUCUGUUUCACCGAGUGGCCAAGAUAAAGACCUGAAGAUCACUGUAGAACCAUCAUCACAAGAGGAGAAUUCAGCAUCUCAGACAGAGAACUUACCAUCCCAGCCUCCUCCUUUGCAGCCCAACACAGAUCAAUCCCAACAAGAGAACACAACACCAAAUGUUGAAGAGGCUUUACAGAAGAAUGUCACAGAAAAUCCAGAGGAAAAGUGAAGCUGUGAAUGGAAUGGUUGAGACUCUUUGUUCUUCUAGUGUAUCAUAGUAAGUGAUCGUAAAUGCUGAUGUCUUCAAUCUACCCUAGGGUUGAUUACUAGAUCUUUGUUCCAUGUUUCAAACUUUCUGAGCUAAACUAGUUAUUGAUUUAGGUAUAAUUUUGUAAUUUAGCUUGAACUCUUUUUUUAAAUAAGUACUUUAUUUAAUUUUGAAUCUA